GACUUGGCUUGUACUCUGACGCAGAGAAGGCUGAAGUGCUCUGACCAGGGAAGCACACGUGAGAAGUGUUCUAACUUCGGAAAGUGGAAAAGAAGCACCGGUUGCAGCAUUGUUUGUAGUGGCAAGGAAAAAAAUCGGAAAAAAUAGUAAAGGCUAGCCCCUCUUACGCCUCGGGGUGGGGGGUGUCCAGCCCCGCUCAUUCACCGGGACCGGCGCAGUCCCUUUCAGCCUGCCUUCCUGGCUGCGGUCGUCACCCCUCAGCGUCUGUCAUCUCCGCAGCGGCCACCAGAGGCCAUCUGUGGGCCAGUGAGCCAGGCCCCGCCCUCCUCUGCCCACAGCCCUCCAGGGCUACCACCUCGAUCAGGAUAAAAGCUCAAAUUCUCCCCUGACCCCCAAGGCCCUGCAUGACUUGCCAGGUUUUGAGUUGGAGCAGGAAGUGCCCAAUCUGUAUUUGAAUGAACUGAACACCCGCUGCACACCAGCCAUGGUACGAAGCUCUUCAUACAGAGGGAUCAUGACCUGAGCCGAAAUCACCAGUGAGAAGCCCAACCGACUGAGCCACCCCAGUAACAGUCUUCACUUUCUAACCCAAUACAUCACUUACUCUAAGGUUAUCUUGAAUGUCAUCUCCAUGAAGGUAGGGAUUUUCCCAGGAGACCAAACAGCUCAAGCAAAGGCCCUGGGGUGGGGAUGGAUAUGCAAAGUAGCCAAAUGGGGGGGCGCUGGGCGGAAGCGAUUUGCGCUAUGAUUAAUCCAGGCAGAUGGUGGCCUUGGAGGAGCCCCAAUCCUCUUACCCAAAGCCCCUAAAUACUUCCGCAACGCAGGUCACCUCCGGGCCUCUCCUGCUCUGGGUGGCCAUCAUGUCAGGGCCGGCAGUCGAGGAGGAGAUGGAGGGCUGGAGCCCGGCCCCACCGCUGUAUGAGGAGUACCGCCCACCACCUCUGGAUACCAUCCGCCUGCCCAGGUAUGCGCUGUACCUGCUGCUGGCGGCGUUCCUGGUGGUGGCCGUGGCCUAUGCCAUUGUGGGGCAUCUCAUCAAGGACCUCGCCCACGACCUGGCCGACUGGGCCUUUGGCCCGAAGCCAGACCAGGAGGACACCCCCCGGGAGCUGCGCUCGAGCCUGGAGGGCGAGGAUCUGGAGGAGCUCGACCUCCAGAUGGCCCUGGCCUGGCGGGGUGAUGAGGACCCUGCCGGGGGUGGCGAUACGGCCCCUGCAGAAGCCCCCACCCCGGCUCCCCACCGCUCUUCUAUUGUCUUCAAGGACCUGCCUGCUCGGAGCUCCUUCUGGAGGCUGGGCUGAGCUGGGCCCUGCCUUCCGGCCCCGGGACCUGGGUUUGAACCCCUUUGGGAGUUGUGUGGACGGGACUUGUGCACAUGGGAUCCCUUGCUCCCCUGAGCAGCCGGACUUGGCAGAGAACGUUGUCUUUCUUGGCUGGCGGGUUCCCACGGUUGAUCCCUGGGACUCUCUGCACUCCUGCGCACCCCGACCCGGUAGCCCCAGAGCCUGAUUCUGCCCAACCUC